ACAAGACAACUCCACGCAAAACAAAUAAAACUAAACUUAUAAAUAGCGUUUCCCAUCACUAACUUCUGUUCACAGAUCGUCUCACCAAAUACCAAAAAGAAAACGCAAACGCGAUUUCUCUCUUCUCUCUGAGAUUCUCUCGUCCAUGGCGGACAUCGACAUCAGCGUCGGGAACGAGCCGCUGAUCAGCAACGAGAACAACACAAACAAAGUCUUUAACCGAUGCGUCUCGUACCAGCAAGACGAGCUACAGAGCUUCCGUAAAUACCUGAGAUGGAUGUGCGUGGACCAGUCCUGUCUAUGGACUGCGAUCCUCUCUUGGACCAUGUUCGUCGUCUUCACCCUCGUGGUUCCUGCGAUCUCUCACUUCCUCCUCGCGUGCGCCGAUUGCGACAGUUACCAUUCAAGACCGUACGACUCCGUCGUACAGCUGUCUCUCAGCAGCGUCGCCGCCGUCUCUUUCCUCUGCCUCACCAGGUUCGUCAGCAAGUACGGUCUCCGACGGUUCCUCUUCUUUGAUAAGCUAUGGGACGAGAGCGAAACCGUUCGCCGAAACUACACCAAUCAACUCAAUACGUCGCUUCAUAUUGUCUCCUACUUCGUGAUCCCAUGUUUCUUAGCAAUGAGUGCUUACAAAAUAUGGUGGUACGCUUCAGGGGGAUCUCAAAUACCGUUUUUGGGAAACGUUAUCUUAAGCGAUACAGUGGCUUGUGUUAUGGAGCUUUGUUCUUGGCUUUACCGGACAUCCGUAAUCUUCCUUGUCUGUGUUCUCUUCCGUCUCAUUUGCCAUCUUCAGAUCCUUCGCCUACAGGACUUUGCUAAGCUCUUUCAGAUUGAUUCAGAUGUUGGUUCUAUCUUGUCUGAACAUCUUCGUAUCAGACGUCAUCUCAGAAUCAUCAGCCAUAGAUAUCGCUCUUUCAUUCUAUGCUUGUUGGUUCUUGUCACUGGAAGUCAGUUUUCUUCUCUGCUUAUUACCACCAAAGCUUACACUGAAGUCAAUAUCUACAGAGCUGGAGAACUCGCGCUUUGUUCCAUGACAUUAGUCACUGCAUUGCUCAUACUAUUACGAAGUGCGUCAAAGAUCACACACAAGGCUCAAGCCGUGACAUGCUUAGCUGCGAAAUGGCAUGUAUGCGCAACGUUAGAAUCUUUUGAGAUAGCAGAUGCAGAGACUCCAACUUUGGUUGCUAGAAACAGCCAUAACAAUAAAGGCAACGAUGUUAUCACGUCUCCAGGAUCAGAUAGUGAAGAUUAUGGUGACGAAGAAGAUGAUCUAGACAACAAUAACAUCAUUCCUGCUUAUGCUUUCAGUACCAUGUCAUUCCAAAAACGACAAGCUCUAGUGAGUUAUUUCGAGAAUAACAGAGCAGGAAUCACAGUUUAUGGAUUUACACUUGACAGAGGUACCCUCCAUACAAUUUUCGGACUUGAAUUGUCUCUUGUUCUCUGGCUUCUUGGUAAAACCAUUGGCAUUUCUUGAAUCUCUUAUAUGAGGUCAUCAAGAAUGUUUUGGCACUAUUAUCACUUUGAAAUUCUUUCUUUUUCUUUUUCUUUCACUGUAAAUUAGUUAUCUUUGCUUUAAGUACGCCAAUGUAUUCUUAUUGUUAUAGAGUUCAUAUUAUUGUAUAUUAGAUUCAAAAUAAAAAUCUCUUUUCC